AGUUGAUAGUUCACAAAACCACACACACCUCCAUUUCUAGCCUUUGCCUUCAAAGCCUUUUAUUCUCCUUCAAAAUUUAUCAAUCUUUUUUUUUAUUUUUUUUCUGUAGAACUGCAAAUAAUCGUGACAAAGAGACAACAGUUAUGUCACCAUCCCCUUAUUCGUAACUGCACGGUGAGUAAAGCGAUUAGUGACGGAGUAGGCACCCAGAAACGUUACAGUAGCGGCCAAGGGUUACAAAAACAAAAAGAACAAUGAUGGAGCAUUCACGUACCAACCGUAAGCUGGUUUUGUUCAAAUUCCUGCAUGGGUUCAUUCUUUUAUGCAUGAGCACAUGCCUCGAAUCUACAACACUUCGCAGCCUUACUCUCCUUGGAAAUGAAUCUGAUCGCUUGGCACUGCUAGACUUCAAGAAAAGAAUAACAGUUGAUCCUUUCAAUGUCAUGAGCUCGUGGAAUCAUUCCAUCCAUUUCUGCAAUUGGGUUGGAGUUUCAUGCCACCAUUCCACCAAAAGAGUCUUGAUGUUGAACCUGAAAUCAAAAAAGUUGGUAGGCUCCAUUUCACCUUCAGUUGGAAAUCUUACUUAUCUUACUGGAAUCAAUUUGAGAGACAACAACUUUCAUGGGGAAAUUCCUCCAGAAAUGGGUCGUCUACAAAGCCUACAAUAUCUCAACCUCUCUCAUAAUUCCUUUGGUGGGAAAAUUCCAACUAAUUUGUCGCAAUGCAUACAACUAAAAUUGCUUAAUCUGCAAGCCAAUCGGAUGAUGGAGUCCAUUCCAAACCAACUCAGUUCAUUGUUGAAUUUAAAAUAUCUACGGCUUGAUGGUAACAAUCUCACUGGAACUAUCCCACCUUGGAUAGGAAACUUUUCCUUGUUGAGUAGUCUAAUACUUGGCAAGAACAAUUUUCAAGGAAGCAUACCCAAUGAGCUUGGGCAUAUAGCAGGCUUGGAGGUGUUCGUAGUUGAGAAGAAUGAUCUAUCUGGUAUGAUCCCAUCCCCAAUCUAUAAUAUUUCUUCCAUAUCCACUUUUAGUGUUGCUGUCAACCAGUUGAAUGGAGAGCUACCAACAAAUCUCGGCACUAUGCUUCCUAAUCUCGUAGACCUUUACUGCGAUGUGAACAAAUUCACAGGAAAUAUUCCCAUAUCAUUGUCAAAUGCUUCAAGACUUCAGAUGCUUGAACUUUCUCAAAAUGGUUUUCUCUGGGACAGUCCCUGGUGA